CCGGUAUCCCCCCCCCCGGGGUGCUGUAAACAUGGCUGGAAGCAGUGGCAGUGCUAGCGGCGUGGUGCCGGAGUACGAGGUGCCCGAGUUGCUCACGCGCGUGUUUCACGUGGGUUCCUUUGGCGCGCUCUGGAAGCAGAACCUGCACGGGGCAGACCUGGCUGUGCAGGGGGCGGUGGCAGAGGACGGGGCUGCCGCCGUGGCUGAGGAUUUGGGCUGCGGGCUGGAGACUGCAGCAGAGCUUAGGGCUGUGUGCAGUAUUGACAUGUUAAAGUCCCCUGAUAAAGACGAAGAUCCAGAGAUUAUUUCUGAAGACAGCAGCCUAGUAACUCUUCGAAUUAGAAAGAAGGCCCUGGAGAGGCGAGAAGAAACCAUAAUUGUAGAUCGCACUUGCAGACAAGAAAGAUUUACUUAUGAGAUGGAGUCUCAUGCAAUUGGAAAGAAGCCAAAAGAUCCAGCAAAUCUAAUUGAGGAAGGAGAACUUUUCCUAACUCUGAACAUCUUUUAUCCUGUCAUAUUUCAGAAGCAUAAAGAUCACAAACCUUAUCAGACAGUGCUUGUGUUGGGCAGUCAAAAACUCACUGAGCUCAGAGACUCCAUUUCCUGUGUCAGCGACCUUCAGAUGGGUGGUGAGUUCAGCAGCCACCCUGACCAAGCACCAGAGCAUAUUAGCAAGGAUCUCUACAAAUCUGCUUUCUUUUAUUUUGAAGGCGUUUUUUACAAUGAUAAAAGGCACUCAGAGUGCAGAGAUCUGAGCAGAACAAUUAUUGAGUGGUCAGAAUCUCAUGAUCGAGGCUAUGGGAACCUUCAGACUGCUAAAAUGGAGGACUACACGUUUAAUGACUUGUCCAUCAAAAUUGGUUUUCCAUACCUCUUCUGUCACCAAGGAGAUUGUGAGCAUAUCAUUCUCAUCACAGACAUAAGGCUUGUUCAUCAGGAUGACUGCCUGGACAGGACCCUGUAUCCCUUGCUAAUCAAGAAGCAUUGGUUAUGGACUAGAAAAUGCUUUGUGUGCAAAAUGUAUACAGCCAGGUGGGUGACUAACGAGGACAGUCUCGCUCCAGAGGACCCCUGUUUCUUCUGUGAUGUUUGUUUUCGAAUGCUCCAUUAUGAUGCAGAAGGCAAUAAACUGGGAGAGUUCCUUGCUUACCCUUACGUUGACCCAGGGACUUUCAACUAAGGCUUCAACGAGAAUGAAUUCAGUGAACUGGAACCAUGAAUCUGCUGCAGUGGCGGUUGGGUGGUUCUGAACAGAUGUAGUCUGAAAUACUGCUGGGGUUUGGGAUAGGCCAUCGUUCCUUUGUUCAGUAGUGGGGAUUCCUGCGCACAUCAAGUUUUUGAAUCUUGUUGGUAAUCCAGAAAGGGAGCAUUUACUUUUACACAAUGGAUUAGUGUGGAGGAAACCGCCUCAGCCAUGCUUCGUUUUAACUAUAAAAAUGCAAAAGAGUACUGUUUACUUUUUUUAAAGUGCCUACAGUACAUUAAAUGUGGAACGACAGACUUCUAGGCAGAGAGACUAACACUUACAAAUCCGGGUGUCCAAAGCUAGGGUCCUGAAUAAAAGAAAUCUGAUCGUUAAAAGCUGUGCUCCUUUGGCUUCCAUUAACUUCCAAGGAUACUCCAUUUGACUUGUAAGCACCCGGGUUUGAAAAUUCUGGCCAUAGUCGCCUCUGAACAAGGGCAGAUGACUUUCAUUAACUCUGAUGGCAGUAAUCCAAACCAAUCACGAGGAGAGAAUACAUCCUAAGAAACCAGUCACAGCAUGCUAGUUUAUUUCCAGGUCUUUUGCUUCAAGCAAUGGCUGCUUGUUGUUACUCAACACAUUUUCCUUUCUUCUUCUUCUUCUUCUUCUUCUCUCUCUCUCUCUCUCUCUCUCUCUCUCUCUCUGAAGGAAGAGGCAUUUGUGAAGAGUAAAAUAUGUUGAUUUACCAAUGCACUGUGCCCUACAUUUCAAAUUAAUUUCAUGUUUCUUUCAAUUCCUAUGCUCCUGAGUUUAUCAUUUAAAGUUCAUAAUGGGCAUUAUUGCAAGAGCAUCUUUGCUAUUUUAAUAUUACUUGACUUCUCUUUACUGAAACUUAAUAAAGUCCUAUAGUCAUUAAAAUGUGACCUGUCAGCCAAGUUUAUUCUGCUCAUGCAGUAUUACAUAAGUAAGAGUCCUCUGCUUGCCGAGAUAUAUUUCAAUCUUCCAGGGAGCCUAGAGGUAAAGUUUUUUGUUUUUUAGUAGUCUGAAAUUCUGGGAAGUUGAACAGAACAGACCUCUGCUGUUUAGUAAGAGUAAUAGCAUGAAUUGCUCUUCUCUCAUACAUUUCAAAAAGUCCAUCAGUUCCCCCCCCGCAAAAAAAAUCAGCUUUGCUGGGCAUGGAAGUGCCUUCACUCUGUGUAUAUAUGAAAAGGGUUUGUCAGAACUGAUUCUAUAUGAUUCAGGUUUUUAUAUACCUCCAUCCUGCCAACACUUACUCACAAUAGUGAGGUUAAGCAUAUGUGUAAUCCCACUGACUUAAAAAAUUAAGUAUCAGUGUAAAUGUUGGCAGGGGAUCGGGGUCACACUGUGCCUAUCACUGUUGUAUCUGAAUGCCUUCCCAUGGCACAUUAAGCAUUGUGACUAGUAUCAGUCAAUGGUCCUUUCUCCUUUCCUCUACUGUGAGAAGAAUUAUGUGAAGUUUUUUAUUUUACUCCUCUAUUUGCUGUGCUAUAUGUCCUUUGAAAAUACGGUCAAAGAAGUGCAUCUUCCAUUUGGGAUGGAAGGUGAGGAGAUUUGUGGUAGUUUUUAGUGUCUGCUAAGUGCGAGUGUGUGGUACAUUUAGUGAUGAUUGAUCCACCACACUCAAACAGUCACUAUCUUAGACGGGGUAGUAGUGGGGGAGAAGCCAGUCAGGUGAAAGCAAGACUAUAGGAAACAUUUCACCACUAUUCCAGCUUUGCAAUUCAUCCAUUUUUUUUCUUCUUAAAAGGUCUUAAUAAAGGCAGAGAUAUGUCAUGGCUGGUAUCUAGAAUGUGGAUGGAUGUGAGUAGAAAACACAUUUGAAAUAUGCAUGCUCUUGAGCCCUAUCUUGGUGUUCUGUCUCUCUUUUCACAGUAGGCUGGUUUGUGCUGCUAUAAAGGCUUUUAAAACAAUUCCCUUUAGAAUGCAACUUUCAUGUUUCCUUCGAAGAGUAGCAUUCCAGUGAUGCUUACCUUCCCCAAGCCCCUCUUCUUUGGCUGCCUUCUAUUAACAUAUGGGCUUUCCAAUCCUCUUUAGCACUGCAACUGUGAUUAGAUAAAACAGUAGCUUUAGAAAUUACACCAGCUGUCUGAAUUCUAAGAGGCCAAUCAUUACAGGUUUUCUUACUAGAAAGGAUAGAAGAGAAAUUCUGAGAUGAGGAAACCCAAAAUUUGUUUGGUCUAUAGUUUUAAUAAUAAAACUCUUUUCUAUCCUGUUUGCUCUAACUAACCUGACUAAUUAACCACUUCACCUUCUCACCUCUGCAAGGCAAAGUCUCAGACAAACUUACCUUAAAAUGACUGGUUUAUAUAGCUUAAAAAAAAAUAAAAAAAACUUAGCUAGAGCCAGUCCUCCAUUUAUCUGAUAAUGUGCAGAGACACAAGUUACAGCUCUGGUUGUGAGAAUUCGCUAUAUUUAUGUAUUUCGCAGGGGGGAUGGAGUGCUACGUUUCUUGUAUGUGUUGUGUUCUGGCCCUAUCACAUGUCAAAUGAAGUGACUUGAAUGCUACAUUGAGUAAAAAGGUCACAAAUUAUAUUUUGAAAAAUCCUUUAAUUCCUUGAGUCCCAGGAGCAGUCACAGGACAGCUGGGUCUGGUUUUGGUUUAGUGUUUUCUUCUGAAUGAGCCCUCUGAGUCAAACCUAGUAACGGCCCCAGCUGUCCAUUUAUAAUUAAAUUUCUAAGAUACCAGCUGGGUAUUUGUGUUUUGGCUACUUGUUUAACAAUGUUAGCAUUUAAAUGAUCACAACUUCAACGUUUAUUUAACACCCCGUGAAGAUAAAUGAGCAAAGAUCAUAUCUAUUUAUAUUCUCUGGCUUAGUCACUCAUCAAGAAGAGCAGAGUAACAUUCUGAGAUGGAAUGAAGCUGACUUGUGGCUGUAGGUAGACAUAGCCUUACAGCAGCAGAGCUGUAGCUCGGUAGUGUAGACACUUGCUAUAGUGAUGGAAGGGGUUUUUCCAUCACUGUGGUAAAUCCGCCCCCUCAAGAGGCCAUAGCUAGGUUGACAGAAGAAUUCUUUCAUCAACAUAGCUGCAUCUGCAGUGUGGGUUACUGUAGAUGUACGAGUUGUGAAAUUUUCAUAGCCUUGAGUGAAGUAGCUAGGUCAACCUAAGUUUUACAUGUAGACCAGGCCUUAGUACCUAGUUUACGUACCUAGUGUUUUUAACUGGUAAUAGGUAUUCCUAAGAAACAAAAGUAUUAUAUGAAAAAAUGUUACACAGUUGGCACUAAUUGCACUAGGGACAGGAAAUGCAGAAUUAACCUUAAUUGUGUUGUCUUGGCACCUAAACAUUACAAUAGGGCUUUUAUUACUUGAUCACACAACAUACAGCCAAUGAUGCAUAUGAGCUUCCCAUCAAACUACUGACAAGUUCUUAAGCACCUACAUUGUUAUAGGUGCAGGCUUGUGACUUUUUUGGCUGGUUGUAUUAACUGAAGCGCUCAGAAAAACAGAAGCAAGAAUUGAAAGCAGGGCUCUUGCACAGCACUGAAAAGCACUAGCACCAUGUGUGCAUGCAAGAAAUGCACGGGUCUCUCAUCCAAAAAGCUUACAGACUAAAUAGAGUAGGUGAGCAAAGCCUGGAACUGGAAAAGGAGGCAGAGACUUGCUCAAGGUCACACAGCAAGUCAGCUAAAUAGCUGUGUAGAGAAUUCAGCUCUCAAGUCCCACUUCAAUGCCCAAUCCACUGGACUGCAGUGCUAAUUUUUAUUAUUUAUAUAUAAAAAAAAAUCUCCACCUGAUACCAGUAGCUGUUGCCAUGACAGAGAUGUAAAAACUAGGCAUUGUAAGGGUGGCAUGCAUCCAGACACACAGCCUCACUCCUACUCAAUGUCUAAAAUUAGACCAGAUUGGGCCUCUUCAAAACAGUCAUCUGCUUUCAAGCAUCAGUCACUGCCCCUGAUAUGACAUGUGGCUGUGCCUCCUGCACCUGGUGCAUCUUAAACCACCUUCCACAGAUUUGUGCCUUGGUUUAGGUUUGUUAGAGUUUUAGAACAUAAGCUACGAACAGAUAUGAGCUCUGAGGUGACAAAGGGCAACAUUAGGGCUUGUGGCUGAGCAAUGGCAUCCUGCCUAAAGCAUUCAGAGUCUGGAGAGCCCACUUACUCUAGGAGAUCUCCUUGCCUCCUCUCAGGAAUAGAGAGAGUACAUGCACAAGAGAGCUCUUGCAACUAGUUCUGCCUGGGAUCAACCUUUCCAGACUACUGUAGCCCUUUCAGGAGUCUGAUUUGUCUUGCGUACCCCCAAGUUUCACCUCACUUAAAAGUUACUUGCUUACAAAAUCAGACAGAAAAAUAGUGUCAUAGCCCCACUAUUACUGAAAAACUGCUUACUGUCUCAUUUUUACCAUAUGAUUAUAGCAUCAAUUGGAAUACAAAUAUUGUACUUACAUUUCAGUGGAUCUGGACACAUUUUGGGGAAGAGACCCCUCGUGGUGACUUGCUCAGGCAGUCUGCCAGAGUAUUUUGAACUCCCAGGAGGAGUUACAUUUCAGUGUAGAGUAUAUCGAGCAGUAUAAACAAGCCAUUGUCUGGAUGAAAUUUUAGUUUGUACUGACUGCGCUAGGGCUUUUUAUGUAGCCUGUUGUAAAACUAGGUAAACAUCUAGAUGAGUUGAUGAACCUCCUCAAACACCUCUGGGUACAUAUACCCCUGGUUGAGAACCACUCAACUAGAAAUUCAUCAGGGAUGCUUUUUUUAGCCUCUGGAGUUUAAAAAAAAAAGGAAAAUCCACUAACAUUAUUCUUGUUGCUAGAUCU